GCAGUAGCAGACUGCAUCUAAUACCACCGCAAUCCCACUAUACACCCGCCAAGCUUAGCAGCUUCCCGUGUCACCCCGGCCACUCCUAAACCCGAAUUGAACCACGCCGUCGCGACUUCCAUCGUUCACGAGCGCGACUGCCAUCGAAUAGGAACGCCAAUCCCCUGGGAGAAUGUCUGCGCCCUGAGUCUCGCAAACACCACCACCACCGAGCCCAAGGGCACCGUGGCAUCGACGCAUAUACCACUUCUAUUCUUUCAGCACAGCGCUGGUGUGUGGCCAUGAGGGAAUCCUUCGCUUCCUUGCUGGCCUCGCGGGCCGGCAAGCUCGCCCUCUCGCUGCUCAUCGCGUCAUCCACCCACGCACUGAGCUUCACACCCGUUCCCUCACCCAACCUCAACCUCGAUCAACUCGGCCGGGUAGCAUUCGCGGGCGACUUCGACUCCAUAUCGAUAUACCGAUAUGAGGGCCAAACCCAAGCAAACACCGGACGCACCGGAGCCCUUCUUUCACGAUACCCUAAUGGCGUGUUUGCCCCCAUCAACGAAACAGACGCCGACAUCAAAGCCAUGUGCACGUUCCAAUCGAACGGUCAGGACCGUAUAAUGUUUGCAGGAAACUUCACCAGUGUUGGAGAUCUUGCCACCCCCGGCGGUGUUGCGCUGCUUGACCCCAACAGCGGCAACGUGACAGCGAUGGAUGGCCUGGAUGGCGCUGUAAACACUCUUUACUGCGACGGCAACCAGGUCUACCUCGGCGGAGUCUUCACAGGCCUCAAUUCCACCAACGCAAUAAUAUGGAAAGAUGGUUGGCAGGCACUGUCGUUCGAGGGUUUCAACGGACCUGUCCACUCAAUACAGAAGGCACCGAAUAACAGCAUAAUAUUUGGAGGAGAAUUCAACGGACUAGGCGGCAAUGCAACAGUAGCGACGGAGAACAACACUCAGAUCAUUCCCAUCGCGAAUGCGAACAUCUCAGCCCAGACGAGCUCCGGAUUACCCGGCUUCACCGAACCCACAGACAUCACCUGCAAAGGCGACUUCACCGCGCAAGGCUCAGGCUCGACAUGGCUUCUCGCAGACCGCACAGCUGGCUUCUGGAAGGCUGAGUUCGGUUUCGGCUUCCGCCCUACUAAGUUGCGUCUCUUCAACACAGAUUACGAGGGUCGUGGUACCAAGACCUUCCGGUACACCGCGCUUCCAGACGGCGGCAUCAUGAACUUGACGUACACUGACCCCUCGACCGGCCGUCCAGCAUUUUGCGACGCCAGAUGCCCGCUUCCAGAAGGCAACACCACAGCACAGGACUUUGGCUUCGUCAACAAUAUUGGGAUGAAUGCUUUCAGGAUCGACAUUUCCGAUUGGUACGGCAACGGAGCUGGUCUGAACGGGGUCCAGCUCUUCCAGGACGAAAUGUACUCGUACGCCAUUGACGACUUUAACGAGCCCGGGAACUGUAGCACCGCAACCACGUUACGAUCGAAGUCGACUUCUACUGGCUCAUGGCAGGUGACGCCCUCGCACGAUAGUUUCUCGCAGUACCUCACCACCGUCUUGCAAGGACCAGAAAUCCCCACUGACACGAAUACCGUCACCUUCUAUCCAGACAUCCAGCAAUCCGGCAACUACUCAGUAACCAUUUACACGCCCGGCUGCGUGGGUGACGGUACCUGCGGAAGCCGCGGUCGUGUCAAUGUCACAACACAGAUGUCUCAAGGCGAGGAGGAUGCAGGCGCAGUUCUUUGGCAGACAAACAACUACGACAAGUAUGAUGAGAUCUACAACGGGCCCAUCAACAUUCGCGACGGUUUCAGGCCUUCAGUCACUGUUAGGCCUGCGUCUGGACAAGGGCCUACUGCCAUUACUGUCGUUGCACAGAGGGUCCGUUUUACACUCUUGAAGGCCACAUCUGGCAACCUAAAUGGUCUCUUCGAGUACACACCUGGCCAGGCACUCGCUGCCAUCGAGCUCUCUGACUCUGCCAUCAACCAAGCUGGAGCUAGCCUCACACCUCGCGAGAAGGCAGUCGUCAUGAGUGUAGCUACUGGCAAUGACAAUCUGUACGUUGGUGGCAACUUCUCCGCAGACGACGGUCGCAACAACAUCUUCCUUAUCGGCAAGAACGCCGAGGAUCCUACCGCGCUGUCAGGCAACGGAUUGGACAGCCAAGUCAUGACCAUGUUCCACAAUGACAGCACGCUUUAUGUUGGUGGUAACUUCACCAACACUAAUGACGGCAAGUCGACGGGAUUGAAUGGUGUGGCUGCCUAUGUCAACAACCAAUGGAAACCUCUCGGCGCUGGUGUCGAGGGCGUCGUUUUGUUCCUUGUCCCGUUCUCACUCAACCUCACUGCCGAUACUCCAGAGGAAGUGCUUGGUGUCAGCGGCUUCUUUGGCACAGUCCAUGCCUUCGACGACAACCCUUCUACAAUUGUGGACGGUCUUGCAAUUUGGGUACCAUCUCAAAACAACUGGUUGCACAAUCUAAACUCAACUACGUUCUCAGCCUCAGGCAGGCUCAUGACGUACGCUGAUGCAGCAGGCAACCGUUGGUUUGGUGGUUCCAUCACCUCGGGCUUCCUCGGAGCAAAUGGUGCAGCCGAACUGAACAGCGACAACGAUGAGUUGUCACUUCGUACAUUCCCCAUCAACAUCGAGGAUCAACAACAGCAGACCACUCUGCACAAGCGAGCCAUCAUGGACGGCGACAAUCUGCAGACCACUGGAGUUCGCACUGGAUUCUUCUACAAGGAGAACGGCAACAACAAGACAAUCUUGGCUGGACACUUCGGUGCCGAGGGCACUGAUGGACAGAACAUCACCAACGUCCUGAUCAUCGAUGGAAAUGACUCGGACAAAGUGACUGGUUUCAAUGAACAAGUUGACGCCAACUCGACAUUCGCCGCUGUAGCUGUGAACAACAAUACGCUCUACGCUGGAGGUGUAGUCACUGGAACCGUCAACGACAAGAUAGUCACCGGUAUCGUCGCUUAUGACCUUUCGUCAAACAGCUUCCCAAAUGUUCAGCCGCCUGCGCUCCAAGGAAACAAUGUCACCGUCAAUGCCAUUGCUCCUAGACCGAAAUCUGACGACAUCUAUGUUGGAGGACGCUUCCAGUCUGGCGGAGAGUUUACCUGCCCUGGUCUGUGCAUGUGGAACAGUGAGACCAGCCAGUGGAAUCGACCAAACAACAACGUGGCUGGCGUAGUCAACGCUUUGAUCUGGACCUCAGACACCACUUUGCUCGUGGCUGGUAACUUGACGUUCGGCGAGAACAGGACAACGGUCCUCUUGUUCGAUCAAUCGAAGAACCAAUUCACCGAGAUUGCUGGCGCCAACAACCUACCGGGACCCGUCACGGCGAUCACCGUUGCUACUAAAGAGGGUGACCAGCUUUGGGCCACUGGUAACAGCACUGACGGUACUGCGUACCUCCAACGCUUCGAUGGCAACAAGUGGACUUCCGUCGAUAACGGUUUGUUCGGUGCCGACACAGUUAUUCAUGGCAUCCAGGUGCUGAGUUUGUCCGAGAACCACGCAUCUUCAGACAUAAUCGAUCGAGACCAGGAUCUUCUGCUUAUGGGGCAGAUCAACAUCACCAACUUCGGUACUGCAUCUGGCGCCUUGUUCAACGGCACUACCUUGGCUCCCUUCCUUCUCGCUACAACAGCCGAGAACACUCCUGGAAGCUUGUCUUCAAUCUUUGUCGAGAACCCCAACAUGUUCUUCAGACAAUCCAAGAAGCACCUCGCUGUUGGUUUCAUCGUUCUAAUCGCCCUCGCCAUCGCACUCGCCCUCACUUUCCUCCUCGUCGUGAUCGGCAUUGCUAUCGAAUGGUACCGCAAGAGAGCACAGGGCUAUUCCCCGGCCCCGCAGUCUUAUCCUGAUCGGCUAGGCAAUGUAGGACGCCUACCGCCGGAGCAGCUAUUCGGAACGCUGAGCGGUCCACGAGCACCGGCAAUAUGAGAGCCCGUCAGG